GCAUCUCCCCGCUCCAAGCAAGAAUGCUGAUUCUUCUGGCGUUCAUCAUCAUCUUUCACAUCACCUCCGCCGCGUUUUUGUUCAUUGCUACAAUUGACAGUGCCUGGUGGGUCGGAGAUGACUUCUACAUGGAUCUUUGGCGCCACUGUGUCAAUCAAACCAACUGCACGGUUAUUGAUGAACGAUUCCCAGAAUACCAAGCGAUCCAGGCCAUGCAGGCCACCAUGAUCCUCGCCACCAUAUUCUGCUGCGUGGCAUUCUUCACCUUCAUCCUGCAGCUCUUCCGCCUCAAGCAAGGAGAGAGAUUUGUCUUGACGUCCGGCAUACAGCUGCUCUCGUGUUUGUGUGUGAUGAUUGCGGCUUCCAUCUACACGGACAGACACGAACAGCUUCACGCAGGCGAAUUCUACGACUUCGACGUCGCCAGCGGCCAGUUUGGAUAUUCCUUCAUCUUGGCCUGGAUGGCUUUCGCUUUCACCCUCGUCAGUGGCGUCAUGUACCUCAUCCUAAGGAAACGCAAAUAA